GAGGCUAUAAUGUUGAGGUUGAUAAUAUAUUAUAGAGGCUUUAAUCUUUAAUAUAAUGUAAUUUACAGGCUGGUAAUACGGGGGCUGGAAAAUGAAAACCACCAGCACUUCUGAGCUCAGCCAAUCAGAGUUGGAGGGCGGGGCCUGGAGUUCAGGAACAGCCCCGCCCCCAGCCUCUCCGUGCAGUUCUCCUCCAGGUCCGCCCAUGCUCCAUAUAAAGGAGGGCUCUGGGCUGAGCAGUCACUGCUUUCUGCUCACACCUAGAAGAUGUCUGGUCGCGGUAAAGGAGGGAAAGGGCUCGGGAAAGGCGGCGCCAAGCGGCACAGGAAGGUGCUCCGUGAUAACAUCCAGGGCAUCACCAAGCCUGCCAUCCGCCGUCUAGCUCGCAGGGGAGGCGUCAAGCGCAUCUCCGGCCUCAUCUAUGAGGAGACCCGCGGGGUGCUGAAAGUCUUCCUGGAGAACGUCAUCCGGGACGCCGUCACCUACACCGAGCACGCCAAGAGGAAGACCGUCACCGCCAUGGACGUGGUCUACGCGCUCAAGCGCCAGGGCCGCACUCUCUACGGCUUCGGGGCACGGUCCGCUCCUCGCCUUAUUCUCUUGCUGUUUACGGAUCUCUGCAGAGCCAUGGCCAGAACCAAGCAGACAGCCCGUAAGUCCACCGGUGGGAAAGCUCCCCGCAAGCAGCUGGCCACUAAGGCCGCCAGGAAGAGCGCCCCCGCCACUGGCGGAGUCAAGAAGCCUCACCGCUACCGGCCCGGGACCGUCGCUCUCCGAGAGAUCCGGCGCUACCAGAAGUCCACCGAGCUGCUCAUCCGGAAGCUGCCCUUCCAGCGCCUGGUGAGAGAGAUCGCCCAGGACUUCAAGACCGACCUUCGCUUCCAGAGCUCGGCCGUCAUGGCCCUGCAGGAGGCUAGCGAGGCUUACCUGGUCGGGCUCUUCGAGGACACCAACCUCUGCGCCAUCCACGCCAAGCGGGUCACCAUCAUGCCCAAGGAUAUCCAGCUGGCCCGCAGGAUCCGUGGGGAGAGGGCUUAG